AUCACCUUACUUUGUUCUGGAGAACCUCACCGUCUGCUCCACUGCCCAACAGGUACAAGUUCAAAGCUCAAGAACUCAACCACCGCAUUUUGGAAGGAGGGCCCAUCCUGCCCAAGAAGGCCCAGGUGAAAGAGCUCACCAAGCCAAUUGGCUUCAACCUGGAAAUUGAGAAGCGGAUCCAGGAGCGGGAGAACAAGAAGCCACAGGAAGAGGAGGAGCACUUUGAAUUCCAUUCAAGGCCAUGUCCAAGCAAGAUUCUGGAAGAUGUAGUGGGCGUUCCAGAGAAGAAGCAGCUGCCCAUCACAGUUCCCAAGUCACCAGCCUUUGCCCUGAAGAACCGAGUUGGUGCCCUGCUGAGAGAGGAGCAGAAAGAAAAGGUCGAGGAAGCGGCCCCCGUGAUUAAAGCCAAGCUGAUGCCACACUUUGGGGUGCCCUUCAGGCCAAAGGCUGCCGAGCCCAGGCAGGUGGAAACGUGCCCUUUCUCUUUUGACGCCCGGGACAAGGAGAGGCUGCUCCAGAAAGAGAAGAAAAUUGAAGACAUUUCCUGUCUAAAGGUGCCCAAGUUCAAAGCCCACCCCCUGCCUCAGUUUGACCACAUCAGCCUGCCAGAGAAGAAGGUGAAGAGCGCCACCAAGCCAGAGCCCUUCCAGCUGGCGAUCGAUGCGCGUGGAGCUCUCCGGCAGGAGAUGUGGCAGCAGCAGCUGAAGGAAGAGAUGAAGCGGCAGAAAGAGGCCACCUUGUUCAAGGCCCAGUCCAGCAACGUGCUGCACCAGGAACCUUUCGUGCCCAAGAAGGACAGCAAGCUUCUUUCAGCACCUGAAAACUUUGAGCUAGCUACCGAGCGGCGGGCCCGGGAACGGCAGGAGUUUGAGAAGAGGCUGGCAGAGCUGGAAGCUGAGAAGGCACGCCUGCAAGAGGCAGCGCGGCGUGUCGAGGAGGAGCGGGCGAAGGACGAGAUGGCGAAGCUUCGCGAAGAGCUGGUGCACAAGGCCAACCCCAUCCGCAAGUACCAGAACGUGGAGGUCAAGCCCAGCGACCAGCCUCUGACCGUUCCAAGAUCUCCCAACUUCUCCGACAGGUUUCAGCGUUGAUGUCAGAUGAUCCCGCGCCCGUCUGGUUGCGAAAGGGGCAGGGGGAAGCCUCCCCCUCCCCGGCCUGGGUCGUUUUUCACUUAGCUAGUCCAGACGCAAACUUUUCUGAACUUGUGGCUCAGGCCCGAGGCUCUUUGGGGCACAUUUUUACUAGGCUCGCUCCUUUGGGAUGAGCCUCUUUUUGUAUUUAAGUACGCCAAUAAACAAUUGUAUACACGAGCAAAAUGAGACACUACUUCUGGAAACCUUUCUCUCGGCCCUUCGGGAGGCCCAGCUGUUAUUUCCCUGUGUCCUGGGUAUGAAACCUAACCCUAAAAACGUAUCAGGUGCCCCCACCCGCCCUGCUUUGUAAAUAGCCUCUCUUGGCUGUGAAUGGCCAAGUAAAGAACUCCUGGUUUUUGUGAGUCCCGGUUUCCUGGCUGGACAUCUGUGUCUUCGUUGCUGGCUAGGGGCCGUGUUUUAAAUAAACCUGUGCAGUGUUGUGAAG